GUCGGGUUGCGUCCCAUCGGCGCCGCAUCACGUGCGCUCGCAACCGCAAUUGCGCUGGCGCCCAAACAAUGAACUGUUUUUGUAAUCACAACAAAAUCUGACGCGGUCCACCACCAAACAUUCAAUUGACAUAAAUACAAAAUUAGAUUACAUUUUUAUUAAUUGUAUGAUUGUGCACUGUGAUAUUAAAGAUAUUCAGCGAAAAUGAGAACGGCAUGGAGCUAAUGAUUUCAGUGUGUUUUUCCAACCCAGUAUUAUCAGUGAUACAUAGUGAUAGUGAACUUUGUGAUACGCAUCUGAUAAGGACAUUUUGAGUCGAUCGUAAGAUAGCCACAUCGGUGGUUGUGAGAUAUCGUCAGAUUGCAUCGAUCUAGUAUCCUUUAUCGGCUUCUAAUAAGCAUUAGGCUCGCACAUCAUGUCAAGGUCGGUCGCCGGCCGAUGUUAAGACUGUCAGGUAGCAGGAGGGACCGUUAGUGACUGACUGAAAUGCGGAUAGGAGUGACUUCGAGUGGGUGUAUAUAAAAGCGAUGCAUGGUGUGUGAGGUGGGGUCUGCGGUCAUGGACAUGAGCGGAGAGGGCGGCGGCGCGGGCGCGGGCGCGGCGGCCGGCGCGCUACAGCAGCGGUGGUACGAGAGCCGAGUCAACGGCAGCCCCGCCGCCGGCGACGUCAACGAGCCCAACGGGGACUUCUUCCACUCGCCGCUAGAGGGCGGGCACCAUAGCCGCGCCCGGUACUACCACCAGCAGAUGCACGCACCUUACUCGGCCGCGGUCAGCUCGCAUGGUCGGACGCUGAGCGGCGGGAGCGGGCAGGUGUGCAGGCCGCACUUCCACACGCCGCUGCACCCGUGGCUGGAGUCCAAGGCGUUAGGCGGUGGCGCGUGGGGCAGUGGCUUCCAACAAGAUGGUGCUCCCGCCGACAAGCCCCUGUCACCUGCGCAACACCACCAUCCCCAUCCCUUAUUCUCCUUUCCUCCCACGCCGCCGAAAGACUCUACGCCAGACUCCGUGGCGGCGGCGGCAUUAGGGCAACAGGACUACCAAGCGGCUGUGGCGCACGCGACUGCCAUGAGCGUCGCCUUCAUGCAGCAGCAGGAGCUGCCGUUGUGCGGCGACGUCAAACCUAUGAUGGGGGCGCCACCAUCGAAGCAACGCGAAGGUGCGCAGCCGGACUCGUGCCCCCAGGAGUCGAGCCAGCCCUCCGGGGAAUACAACGCGCAAUACAACGCCGCCGGCGGCGACUACUACAACUACCAGGGGAAAGGGUUUAGUGGGGCGCAGCAGCAGAAUAAACCGCGACCUAACAAGACGCGGACGAGCGCCGAGGGUCGCGAGUGCGUGAACUGCGGCGCGACCAGCACGCCGCUGUGGCGACGCGAUGGCACCGGCCACUACCUGUGCAACGCCUGCGGCCUCUACUACAAGAUGAACGGCCAGAACCGCCCGCUCAUCAAGCCCAAGCGAAGAUUGGUGAGUUCGCUGCAGAGUGCGGCGAGACGGGCGGGCACCUCCUGUGCCAACUGCAAGACUACGACCACCACAUUAUGGAGGCGCAACCAAAAUGGAGAACCAGUGUGCAACGCUUGCGGACUCUACUAUAAACUACAUAACGUAAACCGGCCGUUGACGAUGAAGAAGGAAGGCAUCCAGACGAGAAAUCGCAAGCUCAGCAGUAAAAGCAAGAAAAAGAAAGGCGGGAUGGGCAUGGGUGGCGGGGGUGCGUGUGCGCUCGCUUUAGGAGGCGUCAUGGGAGACAUGAUCAAACCUUUAGGAGACGCCACCAAGGGCUUCGGGGGCUCCGCCUUCCCAUCGGCAAUGGACUUCGGUCAACAUCAAGUGGGACUGGUGCACCCGGCAGCCGCGCACAUGUCGCACUGGUACGGCGCCCCGCACCAGGGCUUCGCGCCGCCCCCGACCUCGCACAACCCCUAUCACCACCAUCACCUCGCGCAACUGAAUUCUAUGACCGGUUGGAGGAGUGAGUAUACGUGAUAAGUCAACCAAACAAGACAAGUCCUUAUAUGUAUGAUCUACAUUAGACGUCGUUGAAUAUACACCAUUACAUCGUCCGCAACAGGGCAGGUUACAAUUACCCUCAGAAAACGAGAGGCAACGCGGAAAAUGGAUGCUGUGAUCCCAGUUAUAUUUAAAUUGUUUUUAAGAACAGGGUGCGAUCUGGCAAUGAAAACGGUUGGCUGGAAAACUAUCGAGAAAAAAGAAAACGUUUUCUUACUCACUAACAAGUUUUAACCUUUGAAUUUUUCGAAGUUUGGAAAUAUCUGUGGUGGCCUCUUUUCGCGCCAAAAACAGACACCGUUUCCAUGCCCAGACUAUUGUGUCUUGUCGUACCUACUCUAAGAGAAAACGAUGUUUAUCGAAACUUAUCACGAUAUUACUUUGACACAUCACAUAAUCGUAAGACUGUAAAACAGAAUUGAUGUUUUUUAAUUUUUUUUAUCAGAUAUUUGAUUGAACAUAUCUCAAAGAUGCACCUCGUCCCAUUCAAAACUUCCCAAGACUUUGAUAUGCCGUGAUCAGUUUCCUAUAAGUCUUUUACGAUUAAGAGUGUUUUACACGAUGAAGUAACUAGCGAAAUUGUACAGUAUUAUAAUAUAGUUAUUAUGUCGGUAAUACGAUACUUAAGUAUAGUUCAAAAACCAUUUGUGUAUUUUGUACAUAUCUUAUUAAGUUAUAUUAUUCCGUUCCUGUAUAAAUUUUUCACUUUUUUCUUAAAUUAAUUAUUUAAUUUGAACGGUUCAGUUCGCUAUAGGAAUUGUGAUGUGUUCAGAGAUAUUAUUUCCAGAUAUAUGUUUUUCUUUUGUACAUUUUAUUUGUGUAGGCGGUAUUGAAUGAAAUGCAAUAGUAAUUUAUGUAAUAGAUGUAAAAUCAUGCGAAUUGUAAAUAAAUUAAAACGCUGUUUUAAAUAGUUACAUUAUUCAGAACUGAUAAAUGUGGAUAUCGAAAGUAUUACAUAAUUAUAUAAAUCACUUUUAUUUAUGUUUGUAAAUCUUGGUGUAUUCCCGCAAAAAUAUAAAAACAGGUCACUUAAUUGGAGUAUUAUUUUAGCACUUGCCUAACAUGUUUUUUUCACAGAAAAAUAUUCGCAAAAUUGUAUUAUUCACUGUUUUAAAAUUUAAGAUACUUGUGGCCAUAAAUUAUAUUGAGAGAUGUUGUUUGUGAAUACGGUAAUAAUAUAACAAGCAUAAGUUUUUCUAAAUUAAGCUGUUACAAUAUUCGCAAACAAGAUUUCGGGACUCCAAAAUGUACAUAUGACAUGUAAAUGAGCGCUGUAGAAAAUAAAUGAAGGAAUCAUUAUAAGACUAUCAGAAUAAAAAUGUAAAUUAGCGAUCAAUACAAAAAGCCUAUAACGAUAUCCCGUACCUAAAAUUUUUAGUUUUUAAAACAAAAACAUUGUGAAAUUGUGUAUUUUAAAUGAAAUUGUGAAUAAAUUAUCAAUAUUGAUAUUAAAA